AUGAGACAGUCAUGCGGGAAAUGUGAUGGGAAUGUAUUGUCACCAAGUGUAGGACAGUCAUGCGGGAAAUAUGAUGGGAAUGUAUUGUCACCAAGCCUGGGACAGUCAUGCGGGAAAUAUGAUGGGAAUGUAUUGUCACCAAGCCUGGGACAGUCAUCCGGGAAAUAUGAUGGGAAUGUAUUGUCACCAAGCCUGGGACAGUCAUGCGGGAAAUAUGAUGGGAAUGUAUUGUCACCAAGCCUGGGGCAGUCAUCCGGGAAAUAUGAUGGGAAUGUAUUGUCGCCAAGUGUUCGACAGUCAUCCGGGAAAUAUGAUGGGAAUGUAUUGUCACCAAGUGUUCGACAGUCAUCCGGGAAAUAUGAUGGGAAUGUGUUGUCACCAAGUGUAGGACAGUCAUCCGGGAAAUAUGAUGGGAAUGUGUUGUCACCAAGUGUUCGACAGUCAUCCGGGAAAUAUGAUGGGAAUGUAUUGUCACCAAGUGUAGGACAGUCAUCCGGGAAAUAUGAUGGGAAUGUGUUGUCACCAAGUGUAGGACAGUCAUCCGGGAAAUAUGAUGGGAAUGUAUUGUCACCAAGUGUAGGACAGUCAUCCGGGAAAUAUGAUGGGAAUGUAUUGUCACCAAGCCUGGGACAGUCAUCCGGGAAAUAUGAUGGGAAUGUAUUGUCACCAAGCCUGGGACAGUCAUCCAAGACUUCUAGCGACACGUUAUAA